GCUGGUGGGGAAUGCAUGCGGAGGUACCGUGCCGAUAUAAGCGGAACAUGGGCUCAGCAUCCUCAGUCAGUCAGUCAGUCAUUCAGUCAUUCAGUGUGGUCGGUAAAAUUCUGUCUACCUGCCCCGCUUACAUAUACGAUGAGUCGAAUGGUCAUACUACUAUUGGCAGCUGUAACUGCCGUUACAGCCGAGGAGUUGGUGGCGGUCGUUCAUCUAACGCCAAAUGACGCUAGUACGCAUAAUGUCAAAGGUGAUUUGAAGAUCGUUCAGUCCGUCCCGAACGGACCUGUUACUAUCAGCGGUAAGAUUACCGGACUCACGGAGGGGCUUCAUGGUUUCCACGUGCACGAGAAAGGAGAUUUGAGUGAGGGUUGUAAAUCUGCGGGAGCGCACUUCAAUCCUGAAAACGUCACUCAUGGCGCACCGGAAGAUAAUGUUAGACACGUCGGCGAUCUGGGAAAUAUUCAAGCCAAUUCUGACGGAGAAGCCACAAUAAAUAUCACCGACACCAUCAUCUCGCUGAGCGGAUCCAACAGUAUUCUUGGACGAGCCAUAGUUGUCCAUUCUGGCGAAGACGAUCUUGGCAAGGGCAACAGCACUCUUUCCUCGACAACUGGAAACGCCGGAGACCGUUGGGCCUGCGGUGUCAUCGGCAUCCAAAAAAUCUGAGGUACUUCAAAAGAAAAUGUCAGCGGUCGACGGGACAAGAGAAAAGGAUCGAUACUCACCACCUUGUAGAUCUGAUUAGAAAUACGCCCCGAUUAGGAUUGACCCAAUAUUGUUGAAACGUUGCUCUCUAUAAGACACUUCCUCUAUAAAAUAUUACGUCGUAUAUCCAAUGUGAUUUAUAAAAGGAAUUUAUAAUAAACUUAACGUACGUAGACCGUAGUGAGAAUGAUAUACGAUGUAAACCUAAUAUAAUUUUCCUUUUGACUGCUACUUUGCAGCGAAUCUUUUAUAUGUAAACUUGAUGACGCUUUAAUGAGUGUACGUUAUUUUGUUUCUCUGUGUUUCCCCAAUAUAUCCUCUUCCUGUUUCAUAUGUCUCUUGCAUUUGUAUAAUUGCUUUCUCUGUGAAUAUUGCUAUAACAAAAAAUAUAAAUUACAAUAUUAAAAGAGAAUAUAUGCAAGCAGAAUGAAAAUAUUAUCUCUCCAUAAAUUAUUUCACGGUCACGCACGCUUAGAUCUAAAUGAUACGCGCUUUGCACUUUUGUGUAGUUAGGAGAGUCGGUUAAUCUGUUUUUUUUUCUCGAACUGUAUUUCCACGUUAAUAAAAUGAUCUAGUGAUAA